CGAUAGGAACAGACCUCGAUUCAACAUCAGGCGAGUGCUGCGUGCCCCCAUCAUUGGAACAUUUUGAUUAUCUGUCGUGGUCGUGUUUCUUGCUCGAGGAGUAAAGAGAUAGAAGAUCUGGAAAGAACGAAAAGGUGACAUUUUGGCGGCGAUGCUGGUUCGCGCGCCUUACACCCUCCCCUUACUUUUUGUGGUCUGCUGUUGGUUUAGACAUAAUGCUGCGAUUCCACUUGCCUCUCAUUCAUCAAGUCAAAUCCAGAAUGCAUUCAAAGACAAAAAGGCAAAUUCCCAAGAUAAUUGGGAUAGUACCCAAUCUGAUUCAUCGAAGGAAACGGAAACAUCCGAAGAAAAUAAUGAUGAAAUUCAAAACGCAAUAAAAAAUCAGAACGUGAAUGUGAACAUGAAUAUCUUCGAUCGCAAAGACCGUCAUCGCUUUACACGCAAUCGUAACGAGCACCACAAACCAAACAUAACAGAAAAUAUUCUAUUGGUCACAGGAAAAGAAACACUAGAACAAAUUGCUAAGGAAAAAGAAUCAACAAACUGUGCAAGUAAUAAAAAGAAAAAUCAAAGAUACUCGAGCAGCUUCAUCGGAAACUCAACUAGUCACUCGAUAAAUGUUGAUAAGGAAUUUGACGAAGUGGUUGGUAAUAAUUCUAAGGUGAAGAGAACUAGCAGCGUUCACGAGGGCGAAGAUAUCACUUUGUGUUGGAUCGAGUUGACGACCAUCAAAGAGGAUAAGAUCGUUCGACCGCCGAAAAAGCUGGUUAUCCGCGAAUAUAUAAUCUCCUUUGAAAAUUCAGCAACUAUACCAGAAAAAUACCUGGAAUGUAAGAAAUUUGAGGGUGAGCUGACGGCGAACGAUCCUGAGAUUGGCCAAACAGCUCUAUUCGAGGUUAUAGACGAAGACACCAUGGUCAGCAGGAUUGUUAACUUCACUUCGGUCAGUCAUGUCGGCAAUGUCGUGGUCUGGGAACACAAAAGUGUGAAAUGCGGAGUCGGUCCGGUUGUUAGUAAAAACAUUGUAGAAUUGUCCGAUGGUUCGAAGAAUCCGAAAAAGAGAGUGGAGAUCAAAGUUAGUCCCAAAAUGCAUCAGCUGACGGCAACGAAGGCCAAGGAGGAAACUGAAGAACCUUGCACGGAUGAUUAUGAGGAAGAGGGAAGUGAAGAGAGUAGCACGAUCAAAUCCACUACUGAAUAUACUGCAGAAAUAACUACAGGUUUCGCUGGCAUUUUACCGGAACAUGACAGGGAAAUCAGUUCGAGUGAAGAAACAGUUGAACAGAGCAAGAUCGAAAGCGAGAGCGAAGAAAAUUUAUCUGGUAUUACAAAAUUGCUGGAAACAUUACCUGAUGAAGAGAUAUUUGAAAGAACUACGAUUUUUCCCAAAAUACCAACUACAAUUCAAGAAUUUUCGGAAAAAAUAGAUUGUGAGGAAAAUUCGUCAGAUCCAGUGUGCUUAAUGCAAAAGAGUGCAUCUUCUUCGGAAGAAUUAUUUCCCGAAUCAUCAUCCACCUCGGAAGCAAUCGUAACGGAGGUAGUCACUGAAACAUCACCAAUAACUUUGGUAGAUACAAAAAUGUCAGUUCCAAUUAGCAGUAGAGAAAUAAUUGCGGAAAAAGAAAUAUCUAGUGAGGAGAGAUCAGAAAAAGUCACGGAAUCGUUAUCUACAUCAAAAGAGGAAGAAGAAAUAGUUUCUAAGUUAGCUGAAAAGACAACUCCAGUCGUAUUUACGACAGGUAUUUCCGAGGAGUCUUCGAAAGUGUCUCAAUCAACGGAUAAAAUAUCUGUUGACGAGGGCAGUGCAACUACGUUAGAAACGGAAAUGACGACAAGUUAUAUCGUAAAAGAAGAUAUGGAAGAACACUUGAAGUCUAAAGAAGGCAGCGGUGAAGAUUUCAUUGAAUUGACGAGUGAAGAAUUAGAUAAAAUUAGUCAUGUUUUGUUUACAAGUGCGAGCACAGCAGUUUCAGAAGAAGUUACUAAGCAAGAUGUUACAACUGCGAUACCAUCGAUUGAAUUUACCGAAUUUGCGAAAGAAUCUGAAAAAUCUGGAAUGAUCUUGGAUAAACUAGGCGGAGAAACAGUUUCAACUGAAGGCGUAAUUAAGAACAUAAGCACCGAAUCAUCCGAAGAAGUAUACAUAGGAGGAAGUGAAGAAAGCAUGAUAUUCACAAGCGAAGAAGCGUCGUUGUUUAAAGUAAAGACUACUGAGAAAGAAGAAUUUAUUACAACAACAAUAUCGCCAACAAAGAUCAAAUCAACAACUAGCGAGUUGGAAUUGUGCGAGAAUUCCGAAGAUUGUGCAUCCGUUGCCAAUUCGGAAGCCUGCGACGAAUCUGAAAAUUGUGAUAAGACAAUCAGCAAGUCCUGCGAAUCAGAGAUAUGUUCUGAGGAAGAAAGAGAGACCGUAGAAGAGAGACUUCCGUCAAAAACGACGAAAAUUAAGUCCGUAAUUGAUUUGUCUGAGGAAUCAACAAUUGGAAGUCGGUACACGACUGUGGCGAAUGUAGCAGCGACCAUGUUGACCUCUCAAGAGAAUGAGAAUAAUUCGACGGCUAUCAAUGUUCCCACUAUCACGGACACUCGAAGAAGUACGACUACAAGUACGCCGCAACAUAAGCUGGCUUUGAAAGUCAAGGUUCUCUUGGAGCACAUUAAUGAGAACAAGGAGAAACAUAACUUGGUCGAAGUAGAGAAACAAUUAUUGCUGGAUGAGAAUCCACAACAUCAUGAUAAUCCCGAUUUGCUGGAGCAAUUAAAAUCUUUGAACGAUUCCGUUAACAUGGAAACCAUAAAUGCAUUGUUAAAUUGUACCAGCUUGGGCAAUUUGACAAAAGAUACGAAUUUUGUCAAGAAAAAACGGAGUGAUGCUGCUGACAGUAAAAGCAAAGAAUUAGAAUUUAUAAAUUCUGACUUCGAGAAUUCACUCUCAGAUCAAACUUCUGAUUACAUUGAUUUCAGAAAUGAGAAUUCCGAAUAUUCCGACUCGGAACACGAGGUACUAUCUCGAAGACGAAGACGAAGAAGUCUUGAUGAGGAAAAUCUGACUAAACAAAAUCUUUAUGAUCCCACUGAUUCUGUAACUGAUCCUUUAAACAUUUCAAGAAUUCAGAAAGAUUAUCUGAUGAAGGAAAAUAUUCAACUUUCCGCAACGACAAAUAAUCCCGAAGAGGAAACAAAUAACACUACGUAUACAGAAAAUGAAGGAAAUGUGACUACAGCAGAAGAUGAAAUUACAAUGCCUUCUACAAAGAUGAACAUCAGCGAUGAUAUUGAUUUUUCAAACGUUACGGAAUUUCAUGAUGCUAAUCUGACGAUGGAGGAUAUACGAUCUACGACUACGAAUAAACCCGAGGAGGAGACGAGUAUUAUAGCUUUAGAAUUUAUGGAAAAUGAAAAUGUAACCACUGAAAGAAAUAAAAGUACGAUGUCUUUGAUAGAGAGCAUCAAUAAUGACACAAAACUGGAAGUCGUGCGGGAAAGCUUACCAGGAAUACAGGAAGAUGUCGUAGUCGGAUUGCAACAUAUGGUGUCGCAAAUGGCGCAAAAUCAAUUAAAUUCAAUCAACAAAUCAAUUAAAGAGGUUGUUAAAACAAAUUUAAUGGAUGUUAUAGCGGACCCCAAAGAUAGUAGAGUUCACUCGAGGAGAAGAAGAGCGACCACAGAAGAACUAGGGCAUUGGUCGAAUGAAAGAAUCAAAGAAGCGCCGAUGGGUGGCAAUCUGAGAACUCUAACUGAAUUCACAUUGUACAAAGUUCUCCCUUGAAUAGAUAUAUUUGACAAGAUUAAAUUGUACUUUCUAAUGUCAAGAGAUAAUUUUAGUGAAGUUAAAAUGAAGAAUUAUAUUGUAUGCAUAAAUCUUACGGUACAUUAUAUUUAAU